UUUCAUAAUGAGAUGAUUAUGUUUUAAUCAAACGUCUGAAAUGUGAUUAGUUUUUUCUGGCUCGUCAUUGGUUCGUUCAGCCGAGGUCAGACUCUGGUUUAUUUUCUGUCUUCGCUCGUCGUCACGUCUCUGAUGUUAUCAAGUCAGGAUUUGUGUUGCCUGGCAACCGCUCAGCAGCGAGAGGCGUCUGGAGUUCUCUGCUCCGUUUCCAUUUUUAUCAGCAGGAUGUUUGUGUUGAUCUCAGACCUGAAGUCUGAGCCACAGAUCAGUGUGAACACGAGUGAACACAUGAACACUGAUGACAACCCAGCUCUUCUUCUUCUCUUCUCCUCUUCUUCUGCUCUCCUGUGCAGCGACGACACCCGGGAAACGAGCGGAGCUGACGCUGAGGAGGAAAUAUAGGACAACAGCAGGAGGAAGAGGACGAAGGGAGGAGAAGGUCUGCAGUCACCAGAGUGAAACCACAGAGGAAACUGCAGCAACUCAGCCUCAGCAGCUGAAAACAUGGACGGGUUCCGGCUGCCGCCCGUCAUAGAGGAGGUCCUCGAUGCGUCUGCAGGUGGAGCCACAGUGUAAACAGGAAUCACCUGUUCUGUACCAUGUGACCUGUGUCAGCUGAAGAUGUGUGAUUUCAAAUCAUUUAUCGUCUGUGCAGACGAACUGAGUGAGCUGAAGGACAAAGAGAGGGAGGAUGAGGAGACGCUGACAGAUGGAGAGAAAGGACGGGAGGAGGAAGAGAAGGAGGAGAAGCGAGGAGGAGUGAAGGAUGAAGAACAGGAGGUGGAGGAGCUGAGAGCUCAGGUUCUCCAGCUGCUGCUGGAGCUCGAGGAGACGAGAGAAUUUUCUCAGAGACACGAGGAGAGUUUCAUGGAGCUGCAGGGUGUGUUGGAUGAAGAGCGACUGGCGAGCGCUCACCAGGCCGAGAGUUUCACCAGACAGAUCCAGAGACUACAAGCUCAGUUGCGCUCGGUGCAGGAGGAGAUGGACAGCCUGGAGGAGGAGAAGGAGAGCGAGCUGGAGGAGGCGCAGGAGGAGUUGCGCUCGGCUCAUGAGGAGGUGGUGUUGCUGCAGCAGGUGUCCGAGGAGGCGGCGGCGGAGAGAGAGAACGACAUUGCCUCCCUGCAGGAGGAGCUGUGUCGGCUGAGGGCGGAGCAGCAGCGUCUCCACGCCACAGCGCAGGAAUAUGAGCUGGAGAUCACCACGCUGAGGGCAGAGAUCAGCAUGAAGAGCCGCCACGUGGGGGCGCCAUCGCACGGUGACGUGAAGCAGCUGAAGGACGAAGUCGUCCACCUGACGGACGAGUGUCAGACUCUGAGCGACGACAACAAACAGCUGAGCGGCAAAGUGGAGACGCUGAAGCAGCAACAAGACACGUGUGAUGACGCGUACCUGGCAGUCAGAGUGGAGGGCGACACUGAGCAGGACGAGCAGGUGAAGACGGACUCUUACAUCACUCUGUCCCACGGCCUGGAGGUCGAAAGGUCAGAGGUCGACGUCCUGAAGGUUCAGCUGAGAGCAGCUGAGGAGACGACACACAGGAUUCAGAGAGAGUGUGACGGUCUGAAGGGCGAGCUGGCGGAGCUGCUGCUGAUGUACGACAGCAGCCAACGAGAGCGAGCAGCGCUGGAGCAGGAGCUGCGCCGCUACAAGGCCGAGCUGCAGAAACUGCCGGGCAGGAAGUCACAGAACUGCACUCGUCCGUCUGAGCCCCCUGUUCUCUCCGUCCCCUUCAUAGGAAUGAUUGUUAUAGUGGCCUUGAUUUGGUGCUGGUGGGAGGAGCUGGCGUCCUAGAUGGGACCAGACGGACACUGACGGCUGGAACCUGGCAGUGGCGGCGGUUGCUGUGGUGGCAAUCAUGGUUCUGGUCGUCCCCAGCUUCACCAGGGCCUGAGGGACGACAAAUGGUGACCUCAACGAUGACCUCACUGGGAACUGUGGCAUUAUGGGAUUGCCGUCAUGAAUCCAGUUCUGCCCUCGAACAUGUUGCUGUCCUGAUGCUCUGCUUCUGGGACGGCGGCGCCAUGAAGGUUUGACCUCAACGCCACAGUCAGUGAGUGACAGAGGGAAAAAUAGACCGAAUUUCAGCCGUCCAUUAAGAACUCUUCAGCUCCCCCUGCAGGUCAGAGCUGUAAUAAACUUUUGUUUAAAAAUAAUUUAAACAAAAAUCCAAGUCUGCCACAGUCCGACAUUCAAAACUUAACUUUUUAAAAGAAAGUUUAAAACAUAAAUAUCAUCAUAUAUGAAAUGAAGUGAUGUGAAAAUGUUUAGUGUUUAAAAUCCAACUUGUUGUAACGACGUAGUUAAUGAAACGACUUCUACAAAGAAAAUGUGGAAAUGAUAAUCAGCCUUUUUAAUUCAACAAAUUAUUUCUGCUCAAAAAUACAAAAACAAACAAAUUUCUGCUGAAUUAAAAGAACAUUUUACAAUGAUAAAGGGAAUUUGAACAGAAUUCAGAUUUAGAGUUUUUAGGACUCAUCUUGAUUCCUGAUUAAUGUUGAAUGUUGUUGGUUAAAAAUCAUCAGUUUUUGUAGCAUGAAGGAAAAAGAGCAGAAUAAUGGAAAGAAAAUUAAAUCAGCUUUGUUUUUCCUUAAUAGAUGAAUUAAAAUGUUUGUAUUUGUGUGUUUAAGUGCAACAGAACCAAUGUGAACAUUCACUGAAGUUAAAAAGCACUUUAUUUUAAAUCUUAGUAUCUUAGAGAUGAAUCAUUUCUGAAGGAGAUUAUUUGACUGAUUUCACUGUGUCAGAUUUAAACUAAAUUGUAUUUAUUUAAUGAUUGUGUGUGUGUGUGUGGGGGGGGGUGAUGAUAAAUGCUGAGAAAUGAGUGUUGGAGAAAACAUGUUCAGAAUGUAAAAGUAAAUUUACUGCUUUGUCACUAAAUAUGUCCGUAAAUAAUUUUAUAAUUUUAAAACAGUUUAAGUUAGAAAAAGAACUUGACUGAAUUAAUUCAAAACAAAUUCCUGCUUCUCCUGAAUUUAACUUCAUCACAUUUGACAGUGUUUCUGUUUAUAAAGAUAUUCUGCAUGAAAACCAUCAACUUCAGUAAUGGCUCAUUUAUCAACAUAUUUAAUCACUAUAAUAACUUCAGUUAGAAUUAAUCACAGGUAAUUGAAUUAUUCGCACUGCGACUCGUGUCACUGAUUAUUAUUUAUACAUAAAAAUGGACUUAACAUGAAAAAAGCAGGUUUCUGUAGAAUGAGCAUAAAACAGAGACCUUUUUAAAAACUACGUGGCAGAAAUCACUUGGGUAAACAGUGAAUAGAAGAGGACCCAGUACGGAGCCUUGUGGGACACCUCGACCGUUUUUUUUACUUUGUAAUCUCGUAGAAAAUACGAAAUGGAUCAGUCCUGUCAAAACGGGACAAAAGUUUCAGUACCGUGUAAAUCUGCAAAGAGAAACUCAUCUGCGUUUGUUUACAUUUUAGUUUCUUCAAACUCUGAAGACGUUUUUAUUUUGUUCAGAUUUCGUAGCUUUAAAUCUUUUUAUUGGGACGAUGAUAAAAUCCCACUUCCUCUUAUUUUGCACAGUUUCAGUCUUUGAAUGAAUGUUUACAUUUUACUUCGAAGUUGUGACCAAAUAAUCACAGAAUUUUAAUCCGAUGAUUAAAUGAUUGUGAUGUUGUGAUGAUGCCUGUGAACUUUUACCAAAUAAUUAUGAUCAUUAUUUAAAGGGCCGAUGAUUUUCAGUCCUAAACCCUCCCGGCUUCAGUGGAUCAAACACUGCUCUGUGUUUAAAUGAGGAAGUGACUUUAAAGUGAGAAAUCAAUCGUUUAACAAGCUGAAGGAAUUUAAACAUAUUUAAUAAUAAUAAAAUGAACAGCAUAUUGAUUUAAGGUUAUAACUUGUCUUAUAUUCUUCUAAAUGAUAAACAGCACGUGUCAUUUAAACGUUUAUAACGUUUUGCAUGAGUUUAAUUAAAUUAAUACAUUAUUAUCUGUAAAUACAGACACAUGGUGUUUAGUGUGUUCAUAGUUUAAUUAAAGACGUGAGUCGAAAUGUUCACGAUGAAUCACCUGCGUUUUCUCUCCAAUAUAAAAUGAAAAUAAAAAUAAAAAAUCGAUUUAAAACAGUAAAGAUUUCAAUUCAACGUCUAAAUCAUGAGAAAGUUUAGCAAAUGUAUGGAACCAAUCAAAAUAAUGAUGAAAAUAAAAUAUUCAUGGUAACUUGAGUAUUAUAAGCGAAUCUGCGACUUAUUAAAUGUAGAUUAAUACAUAAGUAUAAUACAAGGUCAUUUUAUGAUAUUUGAUUUAUUGACUCCAGAGUCAAACAUUUGAUUUGUUCUCAUAAGUUAGAUUUAAGAAUUAUUAUUAUUAGAUUUAAGUUAAUCUGAUGUGUUUUUUGUGGUACCUGUGCUUCCACAGGACUGACUCAUUAAAAGUGCGGGUUAGGGUUGGGGGGGUCAGAAGAUUUUAUUUUACAAUAAAUGUGUAACUUCAUGUGUUUGAUGAGACAAACUCAGUUUAUCCUGUAAAAGGUUGUUGAAUAUGAAUGUUUGUAUAAUGAUUUGGUGACAUGGCCUCUUGAAAAGUUCUUAUUUCCUGCUGAUAGUUGGUUUCAGUUGAGUUCAUUUGAAAUGUUUGAGUUAUUUUUCAUGGAGCAGAUUUAACUGUGGUGAAAAGCUUUGGUCAAAUGUUUGUAAAGAAAUGCAGCAGGAAAUGUAGCAGAUGUUUAUUAGUUUAUUAUAUAUAUAUAUAUAUAUAUUGUUCUUCCAUAAAUAACAGUAUCAAAACA